AAGAACUGGGAGAUGGAGGCACCCGCGGUGCUGCUGGUGAUGGGUGUGAGCGGCUCCGGGAAGUAGCCGCUCCCCAGGGUCACCACGGAUGAAAGCCGAGGAAUGAAGGUCGGGCGUAGGGAGGCUGCUGGAGUACAGAGCGGAAAGUUGUUACGGGAAAGACGCAGUCCGCCACAGCUUUUAGCUCCAGCCUUACAAACCUGGACCUCAGGCAUCUUGCCGAGAAAGUGGAAGGGUGCAAAGUCCCAAACCAAGAGAUCUACCGUGGGCACACUGCUGGCCUCCAAGCUGGGAUGGAAAUUCUAUGAUGCCGAUGAUUACCACUCUGAAGAGAAUCGGAUGAAGAUGGGGAGAGGGGUACCGCUGAGCGACCAGGACAGGAUUCCAUGGCUCUGCAGCUUGCACGACAUAUUAGUAAGAGAGGUGGCCUUGGGACAGCAUGUCGUUCUAGCCUGUUCAGCCCUGAAGAGAAAGUACAGAGACAUCUUGAUACAGGGAAGAAGUGAUGGGCCCCUGAAAAGCGACGGGUCCGCAGAGGAAAGGCUGGCCGGCCAACAGCUCUUGGUGGUCUAUCUCAGCGGCUCGUUUGAGAUCAUUUCCAGACGCCUGUCCCAACGAAAAGGACAUUUUAUGCCGCCCGAGUUACUGCAGUCCCAGUUCAGUAUUCUGGAGCCUCCAUCAGCUCCUGAACACUUCAUCCAGGUCAGCGUGGACCAAAGUCUCUCAGAGAUCGCCGAUGCCGUUCUGGAAGCUCUGCCAAUGAAGUAAUCAUUCCACACCUGCGGGGGUGUCGCUGUGUAACAGCUCUCUAGCUGUCCUGGAAUUCACUCUGCAGAGCAUCCUGAAGCCCAGAGAUCCGCUUGCUUCUGCCUCCCCAGUGCUGGGAUUAAAGGCGUGCAUUACCAUAACCGGCUUCAUCUUCAUACAUAUGUCAUUAUGUUCUAUAAUCUGCCAUUAUGCUUUGCUUUAAUUCAUCCCCCUUCACAGCCUUCCCCUGCCCUUGUCCCCUGUUCCUCCCUGGCAGGUGACAAGGGCACCUUUGCCCAGGUGACCACCUUCCUGCAUUCAUGGUUUCUCAGUCUUUCUUAAGAUCUCUUCCUGCCUGCUUGGUAUACACAUCAUAUAUGUAUAUAAAACUUUAAGUUCAG